UCUUUCCGGAAGGCUGUCCAUCAUGGUCAUGUGGGCACUUUCAUGAAUGCCUUCUCACCUGUCUCAGCCUAAGGGGAAGGAUAAAGAACUGAAUCUAAGAGGAUGGAGCCAAGUACCCGUAAGACCAGUGAAUCAGAGGAAGACUAUGGUGAAGAAGAGGAAUCCGAGGAGUGUGUUAAAGGGGAAGCUACCAUCCCUUCUAACCCUUCUCAGCAGGCACUCUCAAAGGCUGACUGUAAUGUAUUUAGGAAUGGAGUUCCUUUAUCCAUUGUAGCCAAGAAAAUACCAAAGAAAAUCAUAACCCCAGCUGACCCAGAUGAAUUAGAAGUUGGGAGGAGAAAGAGAAGGUGGAAACACAGACCCCUGGCCAUCAAUCUGACCAACUGCAAGUAUGAGAGUGUGCAUCGGGCAGCCCAAAUGUGUGGCCUGAAGGAGGUGGGGGAGGACAAAGAGUGGACUGUGUACUGGACAGACUGCUCUGUCUCACUGGAAUGAGUCAUGGACAUGAAGAGGUUUCAGAAAAUCAACCACUUCCCUGGCAUGACAGAAAUCUGCCACAAAGAUCUGCUGGCUCAGAACCUCAACUGCAUGCAGAAACUCUGUCCUACUGAGUGCAACAUCUUCCUGUGCACCUGGUGCCUCCCUGCAGACUAUGGGGACUUCCAGUCCUAUGUUCAUCAGCGAAAAACCCGCACUUAUAUCUGUAAGCCAGACAGGGGCUGUCAGGGACGUGGCAUCUUCAUCACCCGAAAUCCAUGGGAGAUCAAGCCAGGAGAAUAUAUGAUCUGCCAGCAAUACAUCUCCAAGCCCUUCCUCAUUGAUGGCUUCAAGUUUGACAUGUGAAUCUAUGUCCUGAUCACAUCCUGUGACCCUCUUCGGACCUUCAUGUAUGAGGAGGGUCUGGCCCGCUUUGCCACCAUGCCCUAUGUGGAGCCCAGCCACAGCAACCUGGAUGACAUCUGCAAGCAUCUGGCCAACUAUGCCGUCAACAAACACAAUGAGAAUUUUGUCCGGAAUGAUGCUGUGGGCAGUAAGAGGAAGCCGUCAACACUCAACGCCUGGCUGCAAGAGCACAGCUACGACCCCCGACAGCUGUGGGGAGACACUGAGGACAUCAUCAUCAAAGCCAUCAUCUCAGCACAUUCUGUUCUUCACCACAGCUACCGAACCUGUCUUCCCCAGUAUCUGAGUGGAGGUACAUGUGCCUGUUUUGAGAUCCUCGGUUUUGACAUCUUGUUGGACCACAAGCUGAAACCCUGGCUGCUGGAGGUAAACCACUCUCCAAGCUUCACCACUGACUCACACCUUGAUCAAGAAGUGAAGGAUGCACUUCUCUGUGAUGCCAUGACCCUUGUCAACCUCCGGGGCUGUGACAAAAGAAAGGUGAUAGAAGAGGAUAAGCGGCGAGUCAAGAAGCGGCUUCUCCAGUGCCACCAACAGCCAAGAGAAGCCAGGGGCCCCAGGCGAGAACAAACUGUGUCAUCCCAUGCAGCAAUGCUGGACCAGGAACGCUAUGAGGAUUCCCACCUGGGGGGAUACUGGCGGUUCUACCCUGGGCCUGACACGGAGAAGUAGCCCUUCUUCAAGCACAACGGCUCCCUCUUCCGGGAGACUGCUGCUUCCAAGGCCAGAGAGGAGUGUGCCAGGCAGCAACUAGAAGAGAUCCGCCUUAAGCAGGAACAGCAGGAGACCUCAGGCAAUAAGAGGCGAAAGGAAAACAAGGACCAGAACCAGGGUGAAUCAGGAAGGGAGAAGAGCCAAUCCAGGGCCCGGCUCAGGGGCCUUUCCACCCACUUGGCUUAUAGGAACCGGAACCGGGAGAAAGAGCUGCUACCAGUACACCUGGACACUAUGCAGCCGCAAGAAAUUGUGGAAGAGGAGGAGCUGGAGCGGAUGAAGGCCCUGCUACAAAGGGAAAAUCUCAUCAGAAGUCUGGGUAUCGUAGAGCAGAUCACCCGCAUGCUGUACCCCAGCCACCGGGGCCAGAAAAAACUUCAUGAGUAUCGGAUGAGGGCUAGAUUUCACCAGGACGGGCUGGGCAGUCAAGAACUGCAAUGUGUGAAUCUGGUCCCAUUGGUCCUCCUGAGAAGGGCCGCCAAAGAGCAGGGUCCUCAUUUCCUGCAUCCAGUUCGGCCCCAUGAAUUGAUCCCCAGGAUGUUAGGGCCACUGCCAAGCAUGAAUGCUGCAAUUCCAUAUCAUUCCUGGUGCCAUCUGCAGCCCAAGAAUGUCAACUGGAUGAGAGAUCUAGCAGACAUCAGCCCCUGUUCAUUGUCAAUGAAGACAUGUGGAAGGCGCUAUUUUUCCAGCGCCAGAAUCAGGCUCACUAGCCAAGGCCAAACCAGCAGAAGGCUAGAAGCCAUAAACCGAGCCCUGGCAGGAUCAGUGCCACCCUUUUUAACCCCAAGCUAGGGCUAUCUUCUGCAACGGGAAAGAGUGGUAAGUGGCUCAUGGACUGAAUGCACCUUGCCUUCCAUGCUAGACUCUGAACACAGAGCAGCCGAGGCCUGGCAUCUCACUCUCUGCCCUACCUCUGCACCCCUGCUGCAGCAUACCCCUGCACUCCUCGACAUCAGGCACCAGAGGUAA